CAAUUCGGUAUCUUGACCAUAUGCUCCGCCGACUGAAUGCUAUCGGCCGGGAGUUUGCGAUUCAGCACGAGUUGGAGCAACUUCCAAGCAAUAUCCGAGACGUAUACAAAAUUCUUCUUGAGGACUGCCAGAAAGCAAGAAAUCCAAAAGACAAAGCGGUCUUGAAGAAGCUGUUUGCUUGGCUUGCCUAUUCCAAAGAGCCUCUGUCCCUUGGCUCUGCAGGAAAACUGCUCCGCUUCAUCGCCAAGGACUGCGAGAUCAGCAUUGACGACGAGCUGGAGCACCAUUGUGCAAGAAUUCUACGGCUUUCAAAUGCAGCGACGGAUGAGGACCAGCACGACGACUCAAGUGACGACCUUGAGUUAGGUGAUGAUGACACCAAGAGCGCAGGGGAUGACGAGUCAACGGCGGAGGAUAUGAAUGUCUUCCUCGGAUUCCAAGAGCGAUCGUUGCGACACUAUUUCCGUGAGAGAAAUGACGCGGUCGAUGGACUGCAGAGCAGCGGCAGUAUUGGCAAUAUGCUUGUUUUCCACAUAAUUGACGCUAUUCUGACGCGCGAUGGCAAGAAGACGAACGAUAAUGAAGAUCAAGACGACGUCACCGCGUACGCGGCACGGCACUGGCUGUCGCAUCUGACCGAUAUCGACGCCAAUGAGCUUAAUGAUGAUGAAGCCGCUUCUGUUGUUGAGGCGUUAUGCAGCAUUUUAUCAAACAGGAACGGGGCGGUCAGGGAGAUGGAGUUGGAGCAGUUCGGAGCUUCCGUUGGAAUCAGGGAGUCUUGCGUGCUCGGAACUAGUGCCACAGACAGAGACAGUGCGCUCAAGGUCCUGCAAACAUGGGCAAGGCGAGCAAUUCAACUUCCGCCAGCGGUUCUGUCGCCUCUGGCUUUGACGUGGAUCAAGCCCUUGGUCCGGGACGCGAAGACGAUCUACGUAAAAUUAGCGGAUGCGCACGUAUCCAACUGGCUUACCACCCCAGAUGUUCGUUUCAACUAUCAGGCUGGGUGCAGUUUUGGCUAUGCUCAUAACGCAUUGCGUCUCGGGCAAGAACUUCAAUCCAUGAAGGGGAACGAGAAGCUUCGGGAAUACUUCGACAAGCUUGAUGAAGAAUGCACAAUUACCGAGGAAUCAAUACUACUUGUGUCGGAAGCAUUCCUGCACAUUGACAAGACCGCGCAGUCAUAUCGGUCCAUCGGCAUGGCGCUGGAAAAUGAACGCAUGCACGAAGAAGCUCUGAAGCAGUUCAGGAUUGGUCUAGACAUAUCCGUCUCGCCCUCCGACAUGAUAUAUCUCUACUAUGAAAUGGGUGAGGUUUUGUUGAACCUUGCAGACGAAGCGGACGAAGCUGAAACAGAUGGAACUGCAGAAGAGAAAGAUCAGAAAGGAGGAGAGUCAGUUGUAGAACACACCGAGAAGUCGGAUGCGACACAGCCUCAAGGCCCGAGCCAAAUUCUGGUCAACGGGGUUUCUAAUGGUGAAGGGAGUUUGGGAUCUUUGCAGAGUGAUGGAGACGCCGUCGCCGCCGUCGCCAAAAAGGAGCCGAGCCCCCCCAAAAAGACCCAAAGGGAAUGGGCAGCUGAAGCGAGCGCAUUGCUAGCCACGGCUGCUAGCCUGGACAUUACGCUCUCCGAAAACGCCGGGGAGCAGCUCAUUGUCAGAUCGUCGCUGAUGAACGUAUGGAUGAUGCGAGCUCGUUCCGAGAUCCUGUUGGAUGACUCAUCCAACACCGUCAGGUACAUGGCAAACAGCAUCAGCGCAAGACCGAAAGACGAGGCUCCUUAUUGCUAUAAUAUCAUAAACGCACUCGACAAGCGGGGCGAAUUCGAGAAGAUCGUAGAGGUAUUCCGCCUCUAUCCCAAAGAGGUAAGAAUCAUGCCGCUGCUGUCGUGUGAGAUGGAGCUACAGAAAGCUUGCAAAUUCACUGGACAAGUCGACCUGCUCUGCCAGGCAUAUGUUGAGGCCAUGCAGAAGCAUGAGUCAUGGGCAGACUACUUCAGGCCCAAACUUGCACAAUUGCUCAAGACCGUCCGUGGUGUGGAUGGCUACGCCGAGGCCAAAGACCUGCUUCAGAGAAGCCUGACUUCUUCGUUCUCAUGGAUGAUCCCCCAGGCGUCCUUCCAGCUCUCAGACAUUCUGGUUGAGGAGUUUCGAAAUACGAAAGAUCCAGCCCGCAAGUUUGAGGCUUUCAAAGAGAUGGAACGACUGGUGACCACGGUCAAAGAGAGCAUGGGCAAUGAGUUCGAUCCGACGCAGUCGCAAACGACGAUACCUUUCGCGUUAAUGACCAGGCAGAUUAAACCUUUGAGGUUCCAGGAGAUCCUCCAAGCUACCUUUCAGGGGUGUCUUGUGGCUCUGCGCGAUGAAAUCGCCGGAAACGACAGCGUCAGCUUCCGCACGUUGGCAAAGGUUCUGGCUUGUGUCCCUGGCCUGCAAACCGAAGCCAGCAUUGCGGCUACAUGUCAGUUGUACGUUGUGGACAUGGCAACCUACAAGAAGGAGCAGAGAGAUUCUGUCAGUGAGGGCAAGCCUGAUAGUUCAGGAGAAAGCAAGGGCCCAAGUGAGCAGGAGAAUCUGCAGGUCAGUUGUCUUCCGAACGGAGAGGACGCGGCUGUUACGGCAGAAAGUGCAAGCACCCAAGACAAUGCUGGUGUGGACGCCCAAGAGCCUGUUGGAGACGCAGAGGCAAUUCCUCCGCCAAACCCUGAAGCAAAGGAACUGAGCCGAGAAGAACAAGAUUCGGAGGAAGACCUUGAUUCAAGCGCGUCUAUUCAGUGCGGGGAGUGCAGUUCCUGGUUCAGCAACUGGAAAGACAAGCCAGUGUAUCUAUGCUACUAUUGCACUGAGCUGACGCUAUGCGAAAAGUGCUACACCGAGAAGAUCGACAAGGAGAACGGAAAAUUGCCCGAGCCGUGGCGGACACUCUGCCCAGCGGGCCACAAGCAUAUCAAAGCUCCUGCAGAGGGCUGGAAUGGAGUGAAAGACGGUGUACUUAGAAUCGGGACGUCGGAAAUCGCGUUCCGCGCUUGGCUGGCGGAACUGGAGGCGAAGAAGUGGCCCGCGGCGUGGGAUAGGUUUUGGUCUGAGUCGAGCGUGUGA